AUGAGCUUGCUCCCCACGGCACGGACGAUGUGGUUCACUGGCGUGGUCAUGGCUUCAGUUUACGGCGUGAUCAGCGUGUUGGGGCUAAUCGGCAACAUCACGCUCAUCAAGACCUUCUGCUCCGCCAAAUCCAUCCGCAAUGUGCCCAAUCUCUUCAUGUCCAGUCUCGCGCUCGGGGACGUUGUACUGCUGGUGACCUGCGCUCCGGUGGAUGCCAGCCGCUACCUGUCAGAGGAGUGGCUGUUCGGGAGGGUGGGCUGUAAAGUCAUCCCCUUCAUUCAGCUCACUUCGGUCGGGGUGUCCGUGUUCACUCUCACUGCCCUCUCUGCUGACAGGUACAAGGCCAUCGUGAAGCCCCUGGACAUCCAAACGUCAAGCACCACUACCAGCAUUUUCCUGCGGGUGGCCCUCAUCUGGCUCCUGUCCCUGGUGCUGGCUAUCCCUGAGGCCGUCUUCUCUGACCUCCACACCUUCAACGUACCCUCCACCAAUGAGAGCUUUGUCACCUGCGCCCCUUAUCCCAAUGCAGGGGAACUGCACCCCAAGAUCCACUCCAUGGCCUCCUUCCUCAUUUUCUACGUCAUUCCCCUGCUGGUCAUAUCCGUGUACUACACAUUCAUCGCCCGGAGCCUGAUGAGGAGCGCCUCAAACCUGCCCGUGGAGGGGAACUUGCAUGCAAGACGACAGGUUGCAUCCAGAAAGCGCUUAGCCAAGACCGUGCUGGUGUUUGUUGGCCUGUUUGCCGUGUGCUGGCUUCCUUGUCACGUCAUCUACUUAUACCGCUCUUAUCACUACUCCCAGGUGGACAUUUCCCUGGUUCACUUUGUGUGCAGUGUCGUCGCUCGCUUCCUGGCCUUCAGCAACUCCUGCCUCAACCCGUUUGCCCUGUACCUCCUGAGCGACACCUUCCAGAAGCAGUUCAACCAGCAGCUGUGCUGCUGCUGUCGUAUGAUCCUCAGAUGCUCCGCGCAGAGCCCGACUCAUUACAACACGCGUGUGACGUCUGUCCGCAGCACACAUCAGUCGGUGGGGAGCCGCAGCAUGAUCAACGGCAGACGGGUGUGUCAGGAGGACUGCAUGUAA